UGGCGUCAGUUAGUUAGUUAAAUGACCUGAUAAAGACAAGCCCUGUACGUGCCGUUGUCUCACUAGAAACAUUUCAACAAAUUUUUUUUGAUCUUAGUUUUUACUGUAGGGCACACACAUUCUCAAAAUGUCACAAUUAUUUAAAAAACUCGCUAGUGGCUAUCACCAUCUAUUUUACGAAUUAGCAGAUCCUAGGGUGGAACCGUUCUUCCUGAUGUCAUCGCCGAUCCCUGUGGCAAUCAUUGUAGCGUUUUACAUCUAUUUCGUCUUCAAAUUAGGGCCUCGAUUAAUGAAAAAUAGACCACCUUUCGACUUAGAAAAAGUAUUAAUCAUAUACAAUAUUGUUCAGAUAAUACUGUGCGGGUAUCUCGUUAUACAGUUUGUACGCCACCUAUUAUUUACAUAUAGUUUCAUAUGCGAGCCAAUAAGUUAUUCAACGGACGAAAUGUCAAUUUUCGUUGCAAGACACGUGUGGCUGUAUUUCAUUAUAAAAGUAAUAGACCUGCUAGAUACGGUAUUUUUUGUCUUACGAAAAAAGAACAAUCAGAUCUCGUUUCUACACGUAUACCACCACACAGGAAUGGUACUGCUGGGUUGGGCGGGCACCAAGUACAUAGCCGGCGGACACGGAGUUUUCGUUGGUUUCCUUAAUUCAAUCGUUCACGUUGUAAUGUACUUCUACUAUCUGUUGAGCGCAUGGAAUAAGGAAUACAAAAAAAGUUUAUGGUGGAAAAAGUAUUUAACUCAGAUGCAAAUCGUGCAAUUUUUUAUUAUGAUCCUCUACUUCGGCCAAUUACUAUUUCAACCAAAUUGUACUUACCCCAAAUGGACCGUAUGGGUGUUUGUACCACAGAACGUCUUCAUGAUCGUCCUCUUUCUCGACUUCUACAUCAAAUCGUACGUUAAACCUAAAAAGAACCAUGAAAUGUCAUCUAUGCUAGCUCGGGAAGCAGCGAAAACAACUGAUUUGUCCAAAUUCGAUUAAAUUAAUUUUAUUUACGAAACAAUAUUUUUUUGUAAUAAAAAAAAGUUUCAAACGAUUUUGUAACUGUAGAAGUCUUUACAAAAGUUAAAAAAUGUUCAUCAUACAAGUGCAGGUAUAUAGCUAAAACUGUAUACUGUAAGAAUUCAUAAGUACUUAAUGUAAAUCAUAAUUUGUAAUUGUGAGUUAUUUCUUUUUUAAAUAAAUCUUACAUUUAUUAA